AUAACAUCACACACCCUUUCGAUACAAUCGAAGAAUUUUGGAAAUUUUCUCACAUCUAUAAAACAUCACUCCUUCUACUCUCUACACAGCGUAUUCAAAUCAAAGGUAUAUCACACCUUCUUCGUACUCUCCGUCACCCUCUCCUCUUCCCUUUUCCUCAGAUCUAUUUUUCUCUCGCACCCCAUAAACAAUGGCUUCUUUCACCGCUUCUCCUGCUUCCUUCUCCGCCAUUUCUUCCUCAUUGGAGCGUAAUCAGGUUCUUAAUUUGAGGAAGGCUUCACUGUCAUUUAGUGGGAAGGACUUUUCAUCUCGUAGAGUGCCUGCUCUUCGUUUCAGAGUUGCUUGUGUUGCCAAACCAGAGACAGUAAACAAAGUAGUGAAAAUUGUGAAAAAACAGCUAGCACUGUCUGAUGAUUGCGAAGUCAGUGGGGAGUCAAAAUUUGCUACACUUGGUGCUGAUUCUCUUGACACGGUUGAGAUUGUGAUGGGACUCGAGGAGGAGUUUGGAAUCUCUGUGGAGGAAGAAAGUGCCCAAAGCAUCACCACCGUUCAAGAUGCUGCGGAUCUCAUCGAGAAGCUGAUGGAGAAGUGUUAGAACAUCAUCACCGUUCAAGAUGCGGCUGAUACAAUCAAGAAACUCUUGGAGAACAAGUGUUUAACAGUUAUGUAAAAGAACAACAAAUAAAUUAGUGUCCGUAAGCAAUGUUUCUCUAGCGACUUAUCAUCGUGUGUUUUGUGUUGACUGGAUUACUCUUUUACUAGUUAACUUGUCUAAGUUAUUCAUUUUGUUUUUUUCUCGUUUGAAAAUUUAAGCUGGUUUAUUUUGUUCCCUUCUUUUUUUAUGUUUGAAUUUGAUCCAUGAAUGAUUAUCUGGAGUUGAAGUUUGUUUUUGGUUAUGUUAUUGAUUAUUUGUGUUCUAACGUUAUUAACGUUUUCUUAUACUAGUAAAUGGCGCAUGCGAUGCACGUGUUGCAUACUUCAUAUUUUAA